UGGGCUCCUCCAGCAUGUUGUGUCUGUUGCUCUGGAUUCCCAGCAGCUGAGUUUCUCGUGUUUGAGGAACUCUGCGGGUCGGGCAAGUGGAGGGAAAUGCCUAGUCGUGGUUUCAGGCCGAGAGCUUCCAUCGCCAGGAAAGAUAGAGGGCGGGCGGGGGACUUCAUUGGAAAGUCGGAAUAUCCGCUGCAUAGUUCGGCUCCUCCCCCCUCCUUUAAGACCGGAUAAAAAGCCCUCGGCUGGGAUCGUUUCUGUGGGAUUAUUGCGUGGCUUGUUGAGAUAGUGCGUCAAACGUUCGUUAAUAUUGCGAAGUGACUUGACAAGAUGAGAGUUCAGGUGAAGUUUAUGACUGGUGAGGCUUUCGAACUUGAUGUCGACCCUUCCUUACAGGUGUCGACUCUCAAGAUGAAAAUCCAGCAAAAGACCAAAGUGCCCACUUUCCAACAGUGUCUGAUGGUACAAAAUGGUCAAAGUGUGGAGAUGCAGGACAACAGAAGCCUAAACUACUACAACCUCAACCCCAGCCCCACCGUGAUGCUGCUGGUCAGGAAAGAGGAACCCAUGCAGAUCUUCCUCCGGAAUGACAAGGGCAAAACAACGACCUAUGACGUGCUGCCCUCUGAGACCGUGCAAAAUUUUAAAGAGCGGGUCCGUCGGCAGGAGGGGGUCAGACCCGAGCAGCAGCGCCUGGUCUUUGGGAGUAACCAGUUGGAGGAUGGCCAGUUGCUCUCCGACUACAACAUCAAGCCUCAAAGCACCAUCUUUCUGCAACUCCGUCUUCGUGGAGGUUAAUUUAUCCUCUGACAGAAGUAUUAUCAAAAUAAUAAUAUUUAAA